ACGUGAAGCCAGAGCGAGUCCCGGAUGUUGUUCGGCUACGCCGUGCGAAGAUGGCUGCCGCAAUGCUGAGGUCGCUAUGCAAACUGAAGUGUCCUUCAAGUUUAAUUUUGAAUAAGCAUUUGAUCGGCCCUUCUAGCGCAGUGGUGCAAAGCAGACAGAAGCAGUGGCAGCCCGAUGUGGAGUGGGCAGAGCAGUACGCUGGGGCUGUGAUGUACCCAAGCGCCAUCACUGAGAAGUGGGUGCCCCCCCCAUGGAACGAUAAGGACCCCCCGGCUGAGAAGGACGUGUCGAAUCUGACGAUCAACUUCGGACCCCAGCACCCAGCGGCUCACGGGGUCCUCCGACUGGUUCUGGAGCUGAGCGGGGAGUCAGUGAAGAAGUGUGACCCUCAUAUCGGACUUCUGCACCGCGGCACCGAGAAACUGAUAGAGUACAAGACCUACCUGCAGGCUCUGCCGUAUUUCGACCGGCUCGAUUACGUGUCGAUGAUGUGUAAUGAACAGGCGUACUCUCUGGCAGUGGAGAAGCUGCUGAACAUCAAACCACCGCUUCGGGCGCAAUGGAUCAGAGUGCUGUUUGGAGAGCUCACUCGCAUCCUGAAUCACAUCAUGGCGAUCACAACACACGCGCUGGACAUAGGAGCCAUGACCCCCUUCUUCUGGAUGUUCGAGGAGAGAGAGAAGAUGUUUGAGUUUUACGAGCGGGUCGGGGCUCGGAUGCACGCUGCCUACGUGAGACCGGGGGGGGUGCAUCAGGACAUGCCUCUAGGUCUGAUGGAUGACAUUUAUGAAUUCUGUAAAAACUUCUCGUUGAGAAUCGAUGAGGUGGAAGAGAUGCUGACCAACAACCGCAUCUGGAAGAAUCGAACCGUGGAUAUCGGGGUGGUCACUGCAGAGGAGGCUCUGAACUACGGCUUCAGCGGCGUGAUGCUCCGCGGAUCUGGAAUUCAGUGGGAUCUCCGGAAAAGUCAGCCGUACGAUGCUUAUGAUCAGGUGGAGUUCGACGUGCCCAUCGGGAGCCGUGGAGACUGUUAUGACCGAUACUUGUGUCGCGUUGAAGAGAUGAGACAGUCUCUCCGGAUCAUUCUGCAGUCCUUGAAUAAGAUGCCCGAGGGAGAGAUCAAAGUGGACGACGCCAAAGUGGCCCCUCCGAAGAGAUCCGAGAUGAAGACUUCAAUGGAGGCUUUGAUUCAUCACUUCAAGCUUUACACAGAGGGCUACCAAGUCCCACCUGGGGCUACUUACACUGCUGUGGAGGCUCCUAAAGGUGAAUUUGGAGGUCUAUUUGUUUCUGAUGGCAGCAGUCGUCCGUAUCGCUGUAAAAUCAAAGCUCCUGGAUUUGCUCAUCUGGCUGACUUGACAAGAUGGCAAAGGGUCACAUGCUGGCAGAUGUGUUGCGAUUAUCGUAAGGAACCGUUUUUAAUAAAAACGCUUUGUGACGUCACAGCGAGACUUCUCCUCCAGCCUUUCGAUGGAGUCCAGACUCUUGAAGCAAACCUUUAUAAUGUGCAUUAUAAAUAUCAUAUGGGAGAUACUGAAAUUGAAGAAGGGAACUAUGAAAAAGACCUGUUGACUCAGAAAUGUCUUCAUCUAGACAUUGUGGGGAAGCUAUAAAAAAAAAAGGCCAACAAGAUGCUCGAUAUAUUGUGA